CUGCCGACCAGCUCAAGUCGGUGAUCUGACUUCGGCGUGCAAACAGUGACUCCUGCAGUGGGUGCAGAUAGUAGCGAGCAGUGUGUGUGUUUAGUGUAGCAAAAGAGUGAUCCACGAAGGCAACACACGCGGGGCGCUAGCAGUUUUUUUUCCCCAGACCUCUUCCAGACAGAAAUUCUUCAAAGAUGCCAUACUACGGUCCAAUGCAACAGCCCGGGCUGUGGGGCCAGCCGGUGGCCAACCUGACCGUGGUGGACAAGGUGCCGCCCGAAAUUAUGCACCUGGUCGAUCCGCACUGGUCCCAGUUCCCGCCGAUGAACCCGCUGUGGCACUCCAUCAUCGGGUUUGUCAUCUUCGUGCUGGGCGUGGUGUCGAUCAUCGGCAACGGCAUGGUGAUCUACAUCUUCUCCACCGCCAAAUCGCUCCGCACACCGUCGAACCUGUUCAUCGUCAAUCUGGCCCUGUCGGACUUCCUGAUGAUGGGCACGAACGCGUUCACGAUGGUGUACAACUGCUGGUUCGAGACCUGGUCGCUCGGGCUGCUGAUGUGCGAUCUGUACGCGUUCUUCGGUUCGCUGUUCGGCUGCUGCUCGAUCUGGACCAUGACGAUGAUCGCGCUGGACCGGCACAACGUGAUCGUGCACGGUCUGUCCGGCAAGCCGCUCACCAACACGGGCGCCAUACUGCGCAUCCUGCUCUGCUGGCUGAUCGGUGUCGUGUGGGGCAUACUGCCGAUGCUUGGCUGGAACCGGUACGUGCCGGAGGGCAACAUGACGGCCUGCGGUACGGACUACCUGACCGACGAUUGGUUCCACAAGUCGUACAUACUGGUGUACUCGGUGUUUGUCUACUACACGCCCCUGUUUACCAUCAUCUACGCGUACUUCUUCAUUAUUAAGGCCGUAUCGGCGCACGAGAAAAACAUGCGCGAACAGGCGAAACGGAUGAACGUACAGUCCCUGCGCUCGUCGGACGAUGGCAAGAGCACCGAGAUGAAGCUGGCCAAGGUGGCACUGGUAACCAUCUCGCUGUGGUUCAUGGCCUGGACACCGUACACGGUGAUCAACUAUACGGGCGUGUUCAAGACGGCCAGCAUCACACCGCUGGCCACCAUCUGGGGUUCGGUCUUUGCCAAAGCGAACGCCGUCUACAACCCGAUCGUGUACGGCAUCAGCCAUCCCAAGUACCGGGCGGCCCUGUUGCGCCGGUUCCCAUCGCUCGCCUGCAGCGAUGGUCCACCGGCCGACGAUAAAUCGCUCGCCUCCGAAGCGUCCGGCAUUACGUCGGCCGGAAACCCAACCACAGCGUAAAGCCCGACGAUGGACGUAAGGGGUGAAGGCUGAGGAAAUACCCUUCCCAGCACCCUGCAUAGUGAAACUGAUGCGCUGUUUUGCUUUGAAAGGAAAAAUGGACUCUCAGGAUAGAUGCCGAACGAAACGCGCUAGCUUUCUUAGUAGGAGACUGUCCUUCUGUGUGAGUGUGUGGUAAGGGAUUGUGAUGUAUUAUUAUUAUUAUUAUUAUUAUUGUGAACAUAAUAAUGUUUCUUUUGUGCAAAUAAACUUCAACUUGUUAUCAUGCUACAGUGGAGCGACACUUUUGUUAGGCGACACUCUAAAUUUAA